AUGUCUUUCAAAUUCCCAUCAUUUGAUUUAAAAUCAAUUCAAGAUUCUUUACCAACUGUUGAUCAAGUUCGUGAAACUUUUUCCAAAGUGACUCCAUCAAAUGCAACAAUUGAUCAAUUUAAAGAAUCUAUACAACAAACCACAAACAAAAUAAAUGAUCAAUUAAAACAAGUUCAAAAUUUAGCUAAUAUCAAUAAUAACAAUAAUAUAGAAAUUAGUGAAUUACCACCAGAUUAUUUACAAUUAGAAAUUAAUUGUGAUUUAUUAUUGAAAUUAUAUACUGAUUUAAUCACAUUUACAAAUGAAACUUAUAAUGAUGUAAGUUAUGAUUAUCCACCUGCAAAUUAUACAAUAAAUAAAAUAAGAGAUGCUCAUGUUGGAGACAUGAUUAGUUCAAAAUUUAAUCAAUUGAAAAAUGUAUCAUCACCACAAGAAUUAGAAAAAGUCUUGUUGGGUACUAAUGAAGAUAAUUCAAAAGCUGAUAUUACAAUUCAACCAACUUCACCAGAUUUACCAAAAACCUUAUUUGGACAUUUAAGUGAAAUUUUAUCAAAACAUUCUCAAGAAUUAACAAAACAAUCAACUCAAUCGGAUGAAAUAAAUUCAAAUAAAUUAUCAUUUAUAUUAAUGCAAAUUUCUUCCACUUAUCAUGAAAUUGGAAGUUCAAGAUUAGAGCAAGAUCAGAAAAUUAUGAAUCAAUUAAACCAAGAAUUAGUUGAUAUUUUAAAUAAACAAUUUAUAAAAGUUAAUGAAUUAAGAAAAAAAGUUUAUUUAACAAGAUCACAAUUCGAUCAAUUAAGAUUUAAAUAUGAAACCACUGAUCCAGAAAAUGAAGAGUUAAUUUCAAAAGAAGAUGAAUUAGUUGGGGCUACUGAAUUAGCAGUUAUUGAAAUGAAAAAAAUCUUGAAACCUUCUAAAAAUGUGAACUUGUUGAAAGUUUUAGUACAAGCUCAAAAGGAAUAUUUUGAAUUUGGUUCAAAAAAAUUAGGUGAUUUAUUGACUAAUUUAGAUAAAGUUUCAAAAGAAGUUGAAAAAGAUGAUGAAGAAUAA